UAACAAACGAUCAGUAGGUACAAAGUUGUUUACAAAUGGCGGCAUUGCAAGGAUACCCGAAAUGGCUUUUGGACAGUAAAGAAAAUAUAUCUGGAUCUCCUGAAUGGAAGGCAUUUUUGCAUGAGUUACAUGAUGCAAUUCAGCAGCAGCUAACAGAGAGCCAUGUUCAAUACUUUUCAGACCUCUCUGAGGCAGAGAAAGAAUUGUUUAUGCAGAGAGCCACAAAAGCUAUUGAGGGAGGAACAACAUAUUCUAACUUGUACAAGAAAGUAUCAGUUCUGCUGGACCAGAACCUGAAUGAGGAAACAUCACGUCAGUUACUGGAAGAACAUCCGAUUGGAACUAAGUCAGACCUGGUUAUAGAUUUUGCUGAAGAUGGGGCAUUGAGUUUAUUAAAGAAAUGGCCAGAGAUGAAAUCAAAGCUUUCUUUCUGUUUAAAUCAACCGUUGCCAUUCAAAGUGAGACAGCUGGCAUGGAGGUUGUAUCUAACAAAUACUAAAGACCAUUUUGAUGCUGUAAGGAAACAGUACGUAGACUUGUUGAAUUCCGAUGCAAGAAAGGCAAUCUCCCAGUAUGACUACGAGAUAGACCAAAAAUGUCAGCAGCUUCUCAGUUCAGAGAAGACAUUUGGUGAUCUAAGAGGCUCACAAGGUGUGUUCUAUGCAAUGAAAGCUGUAUUGUCAUACUACCACGCCUCCAUGAGAACCAAGACGAGGUUACGUGAUGUUGAUCACAUGCUAGUUGUUCCAUUUGUUACAGUGUCUGCUCCUAAUGUACCAAGGAAGGAACCACCGAGCAGUAGGACUGUAGCUCUACUUGUCGAGGAAUUUCUCACCUUCCAGGACAGUAGACCUGGCUUUGUUGUGGAUUCAGGGUCUGAGACACAUGAGGAAGAGAUGAGAGGAUUUGUAGAUAAAGUUGCUAAACUUCUACAACAGUACUUCCCAGAAACACCUAGAGUGAUCGCUGAGAAGUAUGUUCCCUCAAAAGAUAAAAUAGUUGCAACUGAAGCUGGGAGUUUUGCUGUGUUAAAAGAUGGACUAACUAUUCUCAUCAGACCUCUGAUCAGGGCCAUGUUUGUUGGUUAUCUCAGAAUGGACACACUGCUAUAUGUAUGGGACCAGUAUAUGAUAGGUCUCGAUAGCCCAGGGUACAAUGUAGAAUGGCUGGCCAUUGUUACUGCCAUCAUACUGGGGCUUCUCAAAGACAAAUUUAAAGAAUGUCAAACAAGUGUUCAGAUGGAGAUGAUGUUAAAGAAUGAAGGGCCAAAACUCACCAUAGCACAGUUCCAGUAUGAGGUGAAGAAAAAUCAUUAUCCAGAAUUGUACGCAAUGUUACACAAAGAUUUCAAGUCGGCUAUGCCAGUUCUAGAUCCAACACAAGCAAUUCAUCCGCCAUGGAGACACUGGUACAAUGAUCUUAUACCUCCGUACACUCAACCACAUGACAGAAAGACCGCCAGAGAGGAACGUGAAGCUGAGAGAGAACGACGUGGACAACAACAACGUGAUGCUGAGCUUCUCCGUAGAGAACAGGAACAAUCUCAAAGAAAAGACAGUGGAAUACCAGCAUAUGAGGAUCAGGAGUAUAUGAAGUUGGCAGCAGCCGAGAGACAGAGAAUUGAGCUGGAGAAAGCAAGACUGGAGGACCAACUUGCUGAUGAACGUCGACAGCGAGAGGAGGGAGAAAGAAGAGCCAAGGAAGAAAUAGAACAGUUAAAAUUACAAAUGUCAAUGUUAUCUCAAAGACAGCCAUCAAGACCUGUGUCCACAUAUAGUGUGAGCUCUUAUAUCAGUCGUGUAUUGGUACCACCUCCACCAACCCCAGCUUCCUAUGCCUCAGUGCCACCACCACCAGUACAGGUACCUGCUCGUACACCAACACCAGCUCAGUCACCUACAGACCAAUUUAAUCAUGCUAUGCGGGACUUUCUUAAGAAAAUCACUGAUGCGCAAAACAGAAUUGCCCACGCUGAAGGCCAGGACAAGGAGGUGUUAGAUAAAAAGACAGAAGGUUUCUUACAUCAGAACAUCAGAGAUAUCAAACAAGCACAGAUCGAGUUAUUCGGCAAAAAGUUUGAGCCCGGAGAGUUUGACCGCAUGUCGCCAUCAGAGCAACAAGACAAGAGUGACAAGAUGAUGACUUUGAUACAGAAAUGGCGUGAAGAAAGACGUGCAAAGGAUCUCAAACAGGGUCAGAGAUAAGGGUGCUACAACAUAUGUUCAAAUACAGGAAAUCUCAAGAUUUACCAGAUGUCAAAAUUGCAUUCUUAACGCAAGAUGAGGACACUUUUCCAUACUUGUUUGCUUAUACCGAUUGUUCAUCUUUGUAAAAUCAGACAUUGUGUUCACAACACUUGUGAUAAAAUUGUUUUGUUACCAUGGCAACUCGAUAUUUAUUGACAACAGGACAGCUUCAAGUUUGCCACACUGGCAUAGUCACAUUAUUAAUGCAUAGAAUCCAGUAUAUUUUGAAACAUGCUAAAAACAUUGUAGGAGAAUUUUUUUCUUAAAACUUACUGUAAAGAGUUUAUGUUGUACAUGUUUUUAUUAUUUAUUUAAUAUUGCAGUAGAAGCAAUACCUGUGAUAUAUUUUGUUGUACUAUGAUAUUGUUAACAGCCCAAGGCUAGACACUUAAAUGAUGAUGCAGUAAAACUUUGAUGCACUA